GAAUCCCGGCGGAAUUCUAUUGCCAUGGCACCGCCCCCGCCACUUCCGCUACGAACCCAGAAGUCCCUCCCCGACGCCGGAAGUCCCGCGGCCUUGCUUCAGGGGCUUCCCCCACCGCGACGCGGAGGUAAAGACUUGCUUCCGGCCCCGGUUGGGCGCCGGCUGGGUUCCCGGUACACUCCGGAGCGGUGUCCCCGGAGCACCGUACUUCCGGACGCCGGCGCCGUAGGCUCGGGCCGCGGCUGCUUCAGUAGAGCGCCGGCCCAGGUGCGAGGCCCGUGGGGGGCCAUGAACGGGACCGUGAACCCGCUGCUGGACCGCGAGGAACACUGCCUGCGUCUCGGGGAAAGCUUCGAGAAGCGACCGCGAGCAUCCUUCCACACCAUUCGCUAUGAUUUUAAGCCAGCAUCUAUAGAUACUUCCUGUGAAGGAGAGCUUCAGGUUGGCAAAGGAGAUGAAGUCACAAUUACGCUGCCACAUAUUCCUGGAUCCACACCACCAAUGACUGUAUUCAAGGGGAACAAACGGCCUUAUCAGAAAGACUGUGUGCUUAUUAUUAAUCAUGACACUGGUGAAUAUGUGCUGGAAAAACUCAGUAGCAGCAUUCAGGUCAAGAAAACAAGGGCUGAGGGGAGCAGUAAAAUCCAAGCUCGAAUGGAACAGCAGCCCACUCGUCCCCCACAGCCAUCACAGCCACCACCACCUCCACCACCACCGCCACCUCCACCACCUAUGCCAUUCAGAGCUCCAACAAAGCCUCCAGUUGGACCCAAAACUUCUCCCUUAAAAGAUAACCCUUCACCUGAACCUCAGCUGGAUGACAUCAAAAGAGAGCUGAGGGCUGAAGUUGACAUUAUUGAACAGAUGAGCAGCAGCAGUGGUAGCAGCUCCUCAGACUCUGAGAGCUCCUCGGGAAGCGAUGAUGACAGCUCCAGCAGCGGAGGUGAGGACAAUGGCCCUGCAUCUCCUCCGCAGCCUUCACACCAGCAGCCAUACAACAACAGGCCAGCCAUUGCCAAUGGAACCAGCCGGCCACAAGGAAGCAACCAGCUCAUGAACACGCUCAGAAAUGACUUGCAGUUGAGUGAGUCUGGCAGUGACAGUGAUGACUAGAGUUGGAUCUUUCAAAUCAACUUUUUGGUGCACAAAUACGCUGCAAGACCGGGCUACUUUGCAUGAAGUCCAUUGCCAAGAGGAAAAUGUGGUUCAGUGACUGUAGUAGGAGUUUGAGGCUCUGGACCUCUCAGAUAUUCAAGUCUUUAACUUAGUGGUGAUGGGUGAUUUUCUCAUGUAAUUUUUGAACAAUCUCACGUUUCAAAGUUUAAGUAGAUCUGUAGAAGAACUAACAGAAUUAUAUUUCUAUUUGGUUAACACUGUUAAUGAAAAACAUACAAAUGUGCCCUGGUCUAGGUUACUCAAAGGCCAUAUCUUCACCAGGCCAGUGAUUCAGUUUUAAACCUCAGCAGCCACCAGUUUGGCCAAGUGGUCUGCACCAGUGAAAUGAAACACAGUUUUUGAGAGGUAAGAGAGAGAAACCUCAAACUGCAGUGUAGAAGUAUGUUAAAACCACUUUCAUUUGUGGACACAAAGUGGUAAGGAAAUUUUAUCUGACUCAGCCUGAUAAGCCUGUGUAGAAAUGGACUUCCAGAAGGAGUCCUGGAGUGUCAGUUGGGUGGGACCCUGGAGCUCUUGUGGUUCAGCCCCCUCAUUUACAAAUAAGGAAAGGGAAGCACACAGCUGGUUUACAACCAGUCUCCUGCCCCCAGUCCAGGCUUUCCCCACUGCUCCCUCCCUUGAAUCUCACUUACUGGAACCAGAGAUUCUUACACAUGUGACUUAUAAAUGAACAUUGGAGUUUUUAUUGGAUUCCGAAAGAGAAAAGAGUUGAGCGCUUCUAGCUCAAAUUUAGAUCUAGACAGUCCCUAAAUGCAUGGGCUAGUGAGCAAAUUAAACCAGCAGUCACUGUGCUUAACACAUGACUCAGUCAAACUGGGGCUUUCGUUCCAUCGCAGAUCCAUAUUAAGUGUUCUUCACUCAGUGGAUUUAAUAGGGGAUGGUCAGAGCGGAAGAGAGGCAUGAUGAAAAACCCUUUCUGAACCGGUUAACCAGCUGCAGGUUUUCAAAAACCAGAAUCUAGAUAGGAGUUCUGCAAUAUGAAAUGAGCACAUUCUUUUGAUAAGAUAUUUUUGUUCAUUCUUUUUGUACCACUGUUUGUGCCUGACUCCCAGACUGAUUUGUAUUUUUUAUAUACAACUAGAAGAAAGUCACAAGAUUGCCUUCUGUGUGCAGUUUCCAUACUGAAUCUGUUGCAGGAAACUGGUCACUAGUAAAUGUUCCUUACUGAG